UUUAAACUGGCCUCCUCAUCAGUGAUGGCGGCUUCGCUUCGUUGUCUCCCCGCAAGCUGUAACAACAAAUGGUACUACAGCCGACAAGAGAUAGACAACAACCCGUCACGGCGAGCCGGACUCGAUCCGGACAAGGAGCUCUCGUACAGACAACAGGCGGCCAACCUGCUGCAGGACAUGGGACAGCGGCUCAAUGUAUCCCAGCUUACAAUUAACACCGCCAUCGUGUACAUGCAUCGCUUCUACAUGGUCCAGUCCUUUACCAGAUUUCACAGAAAUGUCAUUUCCCCCGCGGCACUUUUCCUGGCCGCCAAGGUCGAGGAGCAGCCCCGAAAACUGGAGCACGUUAUCAAGGUGGCUCACGCCUGUCUCAAUCCGCAGGAGCCCUCGCCAGACGUACGCAGCGAUGCCUACCUGCAACAAGCCCAAGACCUGGUCAUUCUUGAGAGCAUAAUACUCCAGACCUUGGCGUUUGAAAUUACCAUUGACCAUCCCCACACGCACGUGGUCAAGUGCACCCAGCUGGUCCGAGUUUCAGCAAGCAAGGACCUGGCUCAAACGUCUUAUUUCAUGGCAACCAACAGUCUCCACCUGACCACCUUCUGCCUGCAGUACAGUCCGCCGGUCGUGGCUUGCGUGUGCAUCCAUCUGGCCUGCAAGUGGUCUAAGUGGGAGAUUCCUGUGUCGACGGAUGGCAAACACUGGUGGGAGUACGUCGACCCCACCGUCACCCUCAAGCUUCUGGAUGAGCUCACGCACGAGUUCCUGCAGAUUCUGGAGAAAACCCCCAGCAGAUUGAAACGGAUCCGCAACUGGAAGGCGGGAGGUCAGACACCGAAGGCCAAGCCCAAAGUCCAGGAGGAGGGCGACCAGAGGGACACCAUGAUGAGCAUGAUCUCCAUGGCGUCAUCUGAGAGCACCGUGGCCGGCCUGAUGAGCCUCUCGGCGUCCUCCGCCUCCUCGUCCGCGGAAAAAGUCAGGGGCGCGCCCGGCAGCGCGGCCACCUGGAGCGGUAAAAGUCAAGGGGCGUCGGAACAGCAGUCCAACCACGAGGUCCACGCCCCAGCCCCCGCCAAGGUAUCGUUGAGCGAGUACCGGGCCAAGAACGCCGACGUCCUGGCCGCGCAGAAGAGGAAGUUGGAGAACAUGGAGGCCAGCGUUAAGAGAGACUACGCCAACGCCGCCCAGGUUCUCAUCGGUCAGCAGCAAAGGAAGGAAAAACAGCAGCACCAGUCCGGCGCCUCUUCUUCCGACCCGUCUAACUCGUCGCCCAUUAUUUUGAAAAUCCCCCUGGAGAAGGAGAGACACGAUCGAAGCUCUCUGAAAAUGAGGUUCCCCCUCGCCGGAGGAGGCGGCGCCAGAGGGCAGGACCAGGACAUCAAAGUGCGCAUUCGUGUGCCCGAUAAGCAGAGAGGAAGCUCGGGGGAGGAGGGGAAGAGCAGGGACAAGCACAGAGGGGAGCGCUCCAACCACCAUCACCACCACCAUCAUCACCACCAUCACCACCACCACCCGCAGUCCUCCGGCAGCAGCGGUGCCUCCCUGUCUUCCUCGCACAAACACUCUUCUGGCGGCGCGGUCGCAAGUGGCAAAAAAGUCCCCAACGAUUCCACCCGUAGCGGGUCGUCGUCGCGCAAGAGGGCGCACCCCCAGGACGCUUCUCCGUGGUCCCACCCGCCUUCCAAAGUGGCCAAGUCUUCACGGAAUCCCUACCAGCUACCAUCCCUGCCUUCCUCCUCCGACAUCCUCCCCGCGCUGGGCCCACCGGCGAGCUACCCGCACCCCAAAGGCGACAAAACGGACACCAACGGACACGGCGCCACGGGCGGCGGCCAGUCCAACGAGUAUCAGGACACCUUUGAAAUGUUAAACUCUCUUCUCAGUGCUCAGGGCGUGCAACCCUCGCAGCCGUCGGUCUUUGACUACAGAUCCCAGUUCGGGGACUACAAGUACUCCUCCAGGGGUGGCCACGCUCGGCCCCCGCCCCUUCCCUCAGACCCCCCUCCCCCGCUUCCGCCGUUACCCAAAUGAGCUACGGUCUCACUUAACAGUCGGAACACUUUUAUUUUUUUACGGACUUGACUCGAAGAGUUUUUGCUGUGGAUAUUUUGGCUGCCCGUGCUUAUUUUUCCCAUCCAAGAUGAAAUUAAGGAUACUACAUCAAAUCGACAAACACCUGUAAAGUUGUUGGUUUGAAAUAUUUUGACGAGGGUAGGGCAAAAAAGUACGACGGAAUAUUAGGGACAAACAAAGAGGGGGGAAAAAAUUAAGUCAUAACGUUACGAGGUUAAAGUUGUUUUCUUAUAUCGUGCAAUAUGUAUGCAGUAACGCUAAUGUAGCUAAAUUAGCUGCUACGUACUUUAUGUAGCUUUGAAAAGAGCUGCGACAAUGUACUGGUAUAAUUUCUUAAAUUGAGUAGUAUUUCAGGCAGAUGUGCCAAAAGAUGAAGGAUUUUAUUUGUGAAAAAGAUUUUAAACUCGUUCAUUUUAACUGAGGUGGUUUAGCGCGAUGUAAAGUGCGUAGCAGCUAGCUUGACACUGCAGCCAUAUGUAUUACAACAAUAAUGACUUUAAUCUCGUAAUUGUACAACUUUUUUCGGGUAAAAUUGCGUGAAGUUACGUCACAUCACAAAUUUUUUCCUUUGUCUUGCAGUGUUAUGACGUUUGUCUUGUAUUAAUGACUUUUGUCUCGUAACUUUUAGGACUUUUGUCUCAAACAUUCUAACCGCUGUUGUUUUCAUCAAUGAUGGCAAUACAGUGCCUUGCAAAAGUAUUCGGCCCCCUUGAACCUUGCAACCUUUCGCCACAUUUCAGGCUUCAAACAUAAAGAUAUAAAAUUUUAAUUUUUUGUCAAGAAU